GCACUGUCCGAGUUUAGCAAGAUCCUAAAAUUUGGCCUCGAGGCUCGAGCGAUAUCGCGUAGUAAGUACUACUAAGUACUGCUGCACCAGUAUCGCGUCCACCGCGAGCUAGACAUUAAAAGAUUCUCCGCUGAAGAAGAGCCUUGCAGGAACGUGCGCACCUCCACGAUGGUUGUAGAAGGACACCAUCACAGAUCAACCCUCAAGCAGAAAAACAAACCUUUCAAAUCCCAUCAUGCCACAAAAUCUGCUCUUAAAGACAUCGCAAAAGGCCGCACUGCUCGUCAGAGCACAAAAUCUCCAGCAGUGAGCACCGUCGCACAGGCUCGCAUAAACAGGCGCAACACCCAAAAGCAAGUUCAGGCUGCCAAACGCGCCUCCCUGGUCGCCGCGACCCGCAUCUUCAACGGCACCGACGGCGCCCCACGCAUCGUCGCCAUCAUCCCCCUCUCCGAGGACAUCGAUACCCGAGCAUGCAUCCAAGCCCUCGGAAAGUGCGUAGAUGAAGAGAUACAGGGCAUCAAUGAGAACAAAAACAUAUGGACCAUGAAAACAUCCCGAUUCAAAACAUCCCUUCAAUUCCUCCCUGUGCCAUUUGCUCGCCCAUUCGCCGCACUAGAUGCAGCCCGCGCCGCAGACUACACGCUUCUCCUGCUCUCCCCAACCAUCGAAGUUACCCCCGCAGGUGAUACCCUCCUCCGCAUGCUCCAAGCCCAAGGGCUCCCUACAGUUAUCACCGCAAUCCCACCAACGGCACUUGAAAACCUCGAUGUUAAAUCCAGGCCAUCAGUACUCAAAAGCCUCCUCUCCUUCAUACAAUACUUCGACCCCACCCAGCGUCGCAUAUUCGAUCUCAGCGUGCCAGCAGACUCGCUCAACACCCUGCGUUCGCUCGCGGAGGGUUGCCCUGGCGAGGUCAAGUGGCGCUCAGGGCGGCCGUGGGUGGUGGGUGAGAGCGUGGAGCAAGAAGAGGGCGGGGUGUUAAAAGUGACGGGUGUCGUGCGUGGGGGGAGGCUUAGCCCAAAUCGGCUCGUGCAUAUCCCUAACUAUGGGGAUUAUCAAAUUUUGAAGAUAAUGUCUGCUCCCCUGCCUCGCACGAAGCAUGUCAGGCCUGGCAGUAUGGAUGUGGAAGCUGAGCCCGCGCUCCUUGCUGAACGCGUUCCAUCCUCCGCUGACUCCCUGGUGAGCACAAACGUCGCAAAUGAUAUGGCGAACGAACAAACGUGGCCGACGGAGGAGGAGAUGGCGGGUGCUCUGCACGGCACUGGGGAGGGCGAGGUACCAGAUGCAAGGAAGGGCACGACGCCGAAGCGCAUCAAGCGCAUUCCCAAGGGUAUGACUGAGUACCAAGCUUCAUGGAUCGUGGAGGAGAGCGAGGAUGAAGACCAGGACGAGAACGAGGAACGUGAGGAUCGGGACGGGGAGAGAGGAGGGGAGAUGGAUGAGGACGAGGAAAUGGUAUUCGACGACUCGCCGGACAUGGAAAGCGAGCGCAAAAGUGUUGUCGCGUUCCAAGAACUGGAUAUGGAAGAAGAACAAAAGCAGCUUACAUCGUGGCGCAAGCGUUCUCAGGAAGAGCAAGACGCCCAGGCUUUCCCAGAUGAAAUAGAUACUCCACAAGACAUGCCUGCACGUACACGGUUCGCGCGGUUCCGUGGGCUUCGAUCCCUCCGCACGAGUCCGUGGGACCCGUAUGAGAACCUGCCUGGUGAGUACGCGCGGAUAUUCGAGUUCGAGGACUUUAAGCGUACGGAGAGGGACAUGUGGCACGAGUUGGAGGAGGACGGUAUUGAGCCCGGCACACGCGUAACAAUCUGUAUUGAAGGUGUCCCGCACCAAGCCAGCGUGCCAUCGCAGUUGCCGCUUGUCCUAUAUGGAUUGCUGAAACACGAGCACAAGAAGACAGUCCUACACUUCACUGUGCAGCGGAACACAGAGUGCGAAGGUUCUGUCAAAUCAAAGGACCCCCUGAUUUUGUGUUACGGACCCCGCAGGCUGCGCGUCAACCCCGUGUACUCUCAACACACCCGCGGAGGCGGAAAAGGCGCGAACAAUGUCCACAAAUUUGAGAGGUUCUUAUGGCACGGGACCACGACUGUCGUCAGCGUCUACGCACCAAUUGCGUUCGGGAAGCAGCCAUGCAUGCUCCUACGUGAGACGAAAGAUCCACAAAUGCCGGAGCUCGUGGCAAUGGGCACAUUCAUGAACCCUGAUACGGCGCGUAUCAUCGCGAAACGAAUCAUCCUCACAGGCCACCCGUUCAAAGUGCACAAAAAAACCGCUACAGUGCGGUACAUGUUCUUCAACCCAGACGAUAUCCAGUAUUUCAAGCCUAUUCAGCUGUUCACGAAACAUGGGCGGACGGGACAUAUCCGGGAGUCGCUUGGGACUCAUGGAUAUUUCAAGGCACAUUUCGAUGGGCCCGUCAACCAGAUGGAUACCGUAUGUAUGUCGUUGUAUAAGCGCGUGUACCCGAGAUGGAGCGAGAAUUGGGCAGUGCGUGGUGCGGGCAACGGGAGGGGUGAUGAGAUGGAGGAAUAAGUGGCGAUUUUGAUAUUGAUUAUGUGGGUAACGCGGCUUCUGAUGUCGAAUUGCGCAUGUAUUUGAAAUUUUGAAGCAACAACUGGAGAAUUACUACGAGCUGGCCGAACCUUUCCCGGCGCAUCUUUCAUGAGACUCUUUGUUCACAGACAACAAUUGUGUUGAACUUGUGAUCAUGUUCACCUGACAAAAGCAUGUACUCCAAUCUCAGACUGGCAGACUCGGAGCAGUCAUCUAAUACAAUGCCAUGGUACCGCCAAUAUAAUGAGCC